GAGAAAAGUCACACACACUCAGAAAAAGUCAUGUCGUCGAAGCGAUCGGAGUGAAAAUUUUUCGGUGUCGCCGUCUGCGCUGGAAUCUGGAAGCAAUUUUCGGCCCCCAAACGUUCGCGCCGUGCGGCAACAGCAGUCGGAACGCGUAACCGGACCGCGGAUCGUUUGUCGGAGGGUGGGCGUGUGGCCAUCGGACGUGUACUGACGGCACGGGAAGCAGGUGAAAAGUGUCGCAGGUUCCUUUGCCAGAAGGGUGGAGAAAAAAAGUGGGCAAAAGUGAAAAGUGACAGCUCGCGAAGGCGAAGAAAAGUCAGAAAGAAACAAGUCAGCAAAGUCAUCAUCCAGAAAGGUUUCUUGGUCGCGACUCGGAAGCGGGCUGAUAACGGUGCCGCCGGAGGAGGACGAUUCGUGUCAAAUCGUCGAGUUUUGAGAGAAGCACCCAAACAGCGGUAUCAGUAGCGCUAGCAGGAGAAGCAGAUAAUGUCCGGGUUCGAUGAUAAUCCGUUCGGCGAGCCGAUCGUGGACAACCCGUUUGCGGACCCCUCGAUCCAGGCCGUGCGAAACAACUCGGCGAACGCCCAACAGACGCUGGACGACUACGACCCGUUCUCGAGCGAAUCGACCAACGCCCGAAGCAACCAGCCCCAGCAGCCGGCCACCCUGCAGCCCUCGUCCCAGACGGUUCCGGCGUACAGCCAGAGCGGGGCCCAGUACAGCAGCAAUGCGUCCGUGCCGGGAGCGGGUCCCAGCCCGGCCGCGAUGACACAGAUCUCCACCGCCGAGCUGCAGGAGUUACGGCGGCGCCAAGACGAGCUGGAGAAGAAAGCGCAGGAGCUGGAACGCCGCGAGGCGGAGCUGAUGAACAGUGCCAACGCUAGCCGGCCGAACAACUGGCCCCCGCUGCCCUCGUUCUGUCCGGUGCAGCCCUGUUUCUACCACGACAUCAACAUCGACAUCCCGACCGAGUUCCAGAAGAUUGUGCAGAACCUGUACUACCUGUGGAUGUUCUACGCGCUCGUCAUGGUCGUCAACAUCCUCGGCGGCUUGGUGAUACUGUUCCACUCCGGGGACUUUCGCACCUUUGGGCUGGGCAUGUUUUACGCGAUCCUGUUCACGCCGGCCUCGUUCCUGUGCUGGUACCGCCCGGCGUACAAGGCGUUCAAGAACGACUCGAGCUUCAACUUUAUGAUGUUCUUCUUCAUUUUCUUCUUUCAAACGCUGGUGACGAUCGUGCAGACGAUCGGCUUUCCCGGCUCGGGCACGUGUGGCAUUAUUAUGGCCAUUACGCAGUUUGGCGGUGGUGGAAUCGGCAUCCUGGUGGGCAUCUUUGUGCUCGCGAUUGCGUUCGGGUACGGGGCGUGCGCCGCCGGGAACAUCUUUAUGCUGAGCAAGAUCCACGCCAUCUACCGCAGCGGCACCGAGACGAACCGCAUCACGAUGGACAAGGCCCGCCAGGAGUUCCAGUCGGGCUUCUUCGGCAACCAGAUCGUGCGGGACGCGGCGGCCGGCGCCGCACGGGCCACCGUCCAGUCGCAGUUCAACCAGAACAGCGCGUAUUGAUAAGUCCGAAAAUGCACUCACUCUACCAACUACUACGACUUAUUCGUCCGGCCCGGUGCGCGCGCGUCCGCGAGUCCCGGUAGGUAAUUCUAUUCCCGUGAAAAUUUGAACAAAAAAUAUUACAUGAAUAUGAGAAAAUAUAUGGUAUUUUGUAUGUGUUGAAGAUUCUUGUGAACAUUUUAAAAAGGAAAGACUAAAAUAAUAUUCAGAUUAAAAUAAAUUAUUUGCAGAACAAAAACAAGUUUGAAAAUUGUCCGUUGAAUUUCACAGAAGAACAUUACAGGAAAAUGAGCCGCAAAUUUUGCUCACACUAAAAUAGAAACAGUUUAGAAUAACCGAAAGUUAAAAAACAGCAAACGCUUGUUUUUUCCUACUUGCAGCAGUGCUUGUGUCGCAGUUAUUCCAGUUUCUUUCAACUCUAUUAGUGUUAGGGAAAAUGUGUAACGAACUCAAUUCAAGGUGUAGUUUUUGUAUCCACAGUAACUCAGAUGUAUUUGCCUAAAUACAGUAUGUAGCAAUAAAGACAUAAUUGUACAGAAAAA